UGUGUGUGUGUGUGUGUGUGUGUGUGUGUGUGUGUGUGUGUGUGUGUCCUCUGGAGGAUGGCCUGGAGGAAGAAGAGGAGGAGUGUGUCUCCGAGGAGAAUGAGCUCCUGGCCAAAGACGAGUUCUCUGCGGAGGAGAACUUCACGGCCGAGUUCGAGACGGAGAACUUGAGCUGUGAAGAGAUGGAGUACUUCUGCAAUAAAGGAGAGGAAGAUGGCAACCGAGAAGGAGGAGAGGCAGAGAUGGAGGGUCAGAGUGAGAAGAGCCGGCACGCUGCUGGGGGGCCAGAGGAAUGGGAUGGUCCAAGGGAGCUGGACGCGUUCCUUAAAGACGGCGAGCGUCGGGUCCACAGCCGACAGCAGCUUCCUGUGGGAACAACCUGGGGUCCGUUCGAAGGGAAGAUCGAGAUGAGCACUGACACCACUGCACUGAAGACGAAGAGCACGGUCCCGGUGGUGCUGAGCGCCGGCCCCAGGUGGCUGCUGGAUGUGACUUGGCAGGGAGCAGAAGACAACAAAAAUAACUGCGUGGUGUACAGCAAAGGUGGCCAGCUGUGGUGCACCACCACCAAGAACAUGAUGGAGGGCGAGGAGCUGGUGGCGUUUGCGGUGGACUUCGACUCCCGUCUGCAGGCGGUGAACCACAUGUCUCUGAGCGAGGGCAUGUACCCGGCCCGGCUGUUGGACAGCAUCCAGCUGCUGCCACAGCAGGCCGCCAUGGCGUCCAUCCUCCCCACCGCCAUCGUCAACAAGGACAUCUUCCCCUGCAAGGCAUGUGGAAUCUGGUUCCGGAGCGAGAGGAACCUGCAGGCCCAUCUCAUGUACUACUGCAGCGGGCGGCAGAGGGAACCUGAGACGGUGGUGGAGGACAGUGAUAAUGGACCCCACCAAACUCCCAGUAUUUGCCCCUUCCCUCAGUGCAACAAGAGCUUCUCUGGAGCCAGGGCCCUGGAAAUGCAUUUAGGCACCUCACACAGUGGUGUCAAAAUGGAAGAGAGCCUCCCUCCUGGCACCAGCUUGAAAUGCACAAUCUGUAACUACACGGCAGAUUCUCUUAUUACAUUCCAACAUCACAUCAUGUCUCACCUGUCACAGGCGGCCUUUAGAUGCAAUCACUGCCAUAUCAGCUUCCAGAGCCACAGGGAACUCUUACAGCAUCAGGACUUACAUGGGCACGGCAACAAACUUCACAGGGAAGGCGACGGCACUGAGCAUUCCCCCAGGGGGCCUGAGGAGAGCCUCCAGCAGCAGCAGCAGCAGCAGCAGCAGCAGGCCCGCACUGAGCUGGCCAACAGGAAGGAUGCUCUGCUGGGGAGUCCUAAAGGAGCCCUCAGCAAGGAGACCAGCACAGACGGAGAGGCUGAAAAGGCUGAAAAGAAGCCCAUGCUGACUGCUCAGAAAGGAGAGGCCCACCCAGGCAGCAAAGCCAGUUUUUCCUACACUAGAAUCAAAUCUGAGCCCUCCAGCCCCCGACUGGCCUCCUCCCCAGUGCAGCAUAACAUGCCUACAUUUCCCAUGGGCCCCUUCUUGUCUCAGUUUGCCUUCUCCCAAGACAUUUCUGUCGUCCCGCAGGCUUCAGAGAUUCUGGCAAAAAUGUCAGAGCUAGUUCAUCGGAGGCUCCGCCACGGAGGGAACAGCUACCCUCCUGUCAUCUACAGCCCUCUGAUGCCCAAAGGGGCCACCUGUUUUGAAUGCAAUAUCACCUUCAGCAACCUGGACAACUAUCUAGUCCAUAAAAAGCACUACUGUAACAGCCGCUGGCAGCACAUGGCAAAGUCUCCUGACUUCUCUGCACUCUCAGAUAAGGUUCCUGAAGCCGUGAGCCCUAACAGCGGGCACAGUUCUGUCAACUUGUUGGCCGGCUGCCACCCAACAGAGGCUGACGGCCACCUCAUGCAGUCUGCUUGCCUGAACUCCAAUGUGCUGGACAUGAUCAGCGCUGGGGCUAAAGGGCCUGAUAAGGAUCUAGCAGGACAGGUGAAGAAGGUCUCCACCCCGACUGGAGCUGAGGACAGGCUCAAUGGGAAGCAGAUGGAGGGGAAAAGCCCAAGUACAGGUUUAGCGGAAAGUGAUAAUGAUCCCACCAAGACGACCUGUGAAGCCUGCAACAUCACCUUCAGCCGCCACGAGACUUAUAUGGUCCACAAGCAGUACUAUUGUGCCACUCGCCACGAUCCACCCAUGAAACGUAUGUCCACCAACAAGGUUCCCUCCAUGCAGAGGACCAUGAGAACCCGCAAGCGCAGGAAGAUGUAUGAAAUGUGUCUCCCUGAUCAGGACCACCAAAGGCCCCCCCUGGCUCAGCCUGGUUUUCUUGGAGUUCCUCCUUUAAACCCUUGUACGUCUCAAGACGCUGUGGAGAACCUCGCUGACCGCUUCCACCCGCGCUGUGAUAUCUUCCCUGGGAUGGUACCCAAACACCUGGAGGCCUCUCUGACUGUCACUAAACCUAUCCUGACUCCUAAAUGCAACACAGUGGAGCAACAGGAGCUGGACGCACCAAUCGAUCUCAGCAAAAAAUGCUCACCGGUCUCUGACAAGACGUGUAGUUCUCCCAAAAGACUUUUAGACUAUCACGAAUGUGCAGUGUGCAAGAUAAGUUUUAACAAAGUGGAGAACUACCUGGCACACAAACAGAACUUUUGUCCUGCAACAGCAGCCGCGGCGGCUGCUGCUGCUGCUCAACAACAACAACAGCAACCGCAACAACAGCAGCAACACAGCGAGAGCGGCAACCUGGAGUCCAACGUGUUCCCAGAUGUGAAGAGCGAAGCCAAUAACAGUCCUGAUGAUGGCUACGAUAAGAGCCCUGGCAAAUGUGAGAAGAAUGGGAAUGGGAAGGUGAUGGUGCAGAAUGGAGGCAUGUUCCCCCYUCACCUGGGGCCUGUGCCAGGACUUAAGCCUUUUCCUGAGCCCCAGCUCAUCCCAUCAAAAGACGAGAACAAAAAUAUGUUUCUGCCUCACUGCCUUUAUCCUGGAGCAAUAAAAAAGGUGAAAGGUCCUGAGCAAAUAUCACCGUAUUUUGGGAUAAAGCCAACCGAUUAUGUGACCGGGGGUCCUGUAAUGCAGGGAGAGGCUGAACAACAGGAACAGAGUGUUAACGGAGGAGGAGAGACAGGAGCAGCUAGAGAGCAGACUCCGCAGCCAGCUGCAAACGGCUGCCCCCAUCCCGGAAAGGAACCCCUUCCCCUUCUGCCCAAAAACCGAGGCAUGGUCAUUGUUAACGGAGGGCACAAGCCAGAGGAGCGUUCGGGCACAGCCCCACCACAGCAGGAGAACCAACCCCAGACAGAGAGCCAGCCCUCCAACCCUUCACCCACGUGGGCCACCGAAAACCAGGCCGACUCCAACGAGAACAUGUCACCCCCGUCAAAGUCGCCCAAUGAGGAGGCGGCGCCCGCUGCCAACAAAGGUGUGAACGGCAACGGAAGCGGCAAAUACUGCCGCCUCUGUGACAUCCAGUUCAACAAUCUAUCAAACUUUAUUACCCAUAAGAAGUUUUACUGUUCAUCACAUGCUGCAGAGCAUGUGAAAUAAGUCGAGAAGAAGAAGGAAAAAAAACGGACUUGCUCUUCUUCUCCUUUACCAGACGUUUCCUUCAGACUUUGACUCCUUUUUCUCCUUUGUUUUGGUACACUGUUGUGUCUGGAAUAGUGCAUCAUGCAGUGCUGAACGCUGCUUGUGGACAAUCAAGAGAAGCUUCUUCUUUCAUCGUUUUAAGACUUAAAAUGCAAAACCAUUGGUUUCAAAAAGAAAAAAAAGAAAAACGAAUCAAGAAUAAUAUUGGUGCCACGUUCACAUUAAUUUAUUUUACAAUCAGUAUUAUUAGRAGUAGUGAUCUUAAUUUAAAUUCAAAAGGAAAUUUAUAUCAGAGUUGUUUGUAAUGUUAUUGUAUAGUCAUUCUUGUGUAGCACACAUAUUGUUUACACUGUAUUGUAGGCUCAACGAAACAAUAAACAAUACAAAAACGAGAUGCAUUUUAGACACAAAAAUAGCUACUGAGGCACUUGUGUAUUCUUAUUUGCUGUACCAGUUUCUGUAUGCUCAAAAUGUCUCCUGCAGAUUCCUACUAAUGACUUGUUCGCCUUACAAAUCACUAUUUAACAGUGAUUUCCAGGCACAAGCCUGCAUCUCACAUUUUGGCAUAUAUAUACAUGGCUUUGCAUACAUAUGUGGCUGUUUGUCCCCGUCUCUUUUGUUCAACUCAGAUGUGGAUGUUUUCAUGAGGAAGACGACAUUCUUGUAUAGUACUCGUAUUUCUGUUUGAUGAUACACUUUGUUCUCCCUUUUUGAAAUUUGCUCUCAAUGCAAUACUUUGUAAAAGGGAACAUUACUGAAAGCAGUAUUAUUAAAUGGGGACUGUGCAUAUAAUUAUUUGUAACCCCGCAGGGAGAAAAAAAAGGAAAGCUGUACAAGAAUUAAAUUUAUUGCUGAUGAACAAGCUGGGUGGGAGGUCAGUAGGGGUACUGAUGUAAAAUGAUCAUUCCAAUGUCCUGAUUAUGGGAGAAAAUGUUUCUUAAACGUUGUUGCUAUGCAUGUAUAUGGAUGGAAUUAAAUUCCAGAUCUGUUGGAAAUUUUUAUUUUAAUGUGGUGUCAUAAUUAAACUUAAAUCCUCAGGAUGAA